AUGUGCGUAGGGAAUGUCCUAUAUAUCCUAGUCCUCCUCUUUGCAUUUUCGGAAUUCAUGGAGAAGGGCGCGACGCGACUUAUUCCUGGAAGCAAUAAGUGGCCGUUUGACCAGCAUGGCAACAUGGGGCAGACAAUUCCGGCGGAGAUGAAGACGGGCGAUUGUUUGCUUAUUGGUGGGAAGGUGAUUCAUGCCAUGGGCGAGAACAAGACCGAGAUGGAGCGGAAGUGUAUCCAGCUUACUGUUAUUCCGAGUUUCUUGACGCCAUCAGAGGCACAUCCGUUCAUUAUUACGCUGGAAACUGCAAAAGCUUUGUCGAAGAGAGCGCAGAGAUUUGUUGGGUUUCGGUCGCAGUACCCGCGUGGCUCGCCGGGGUUGUGCACUAAGGAUUAUCUUGAGCUUGCAUUGUAUCUGGGGCUAGAUCAUCUUCAGGGGGCUAUGGAGCAGUUGCAGGAUGUUAUCAAUCAGCCUAAGCAGUGGGAUACUAUUGACUAUGAGAAUGUUUAG